UUGUCGCCAUAUAUAAUCGUCAUGCUAUUGCGUGCUAGUGAGAUUGAGCUGCCAAGUGCGUAGUUUCACCGAUGCUAAAGAGGAAUUGGUGACCGAAGAUCGUUUGCGUAAACGAACGCUCUGAAUUGUAGGUACGCACUGUUGCAAAACUAUUUCGUUGUUAAACUUUGCGGCUGUUAGGCUGGCGCCGGCAUUAACGCAGCUUGAAAAAAUAUAUGUAAUACAUGUGUACUUUCGUCGACCUCUGCACGAUACCAGAAAUCGCUGAUCCGAUGUAUAUAAGAGUAUGCUAUAAAUGGUUGUUGUAAUCAAUGUUAAGAAAAGUUCGAACGUAGAAGUUCAACAGUCUUGUGUUCUCUACUACGACCACAAUCUCGCACAUUACGGUGGAUUACGAUUAUAUAUACUCGAUUUCUAGCCGUACUUUCUGAUCUCUUCUGUGAUGUGAAUUUGCAAGACAAUAUGGAAAAUAGCGUUUUCAUUGUGUAUGGUGAGCUUGUUUUUCGAGUUUAAUGUUGUCAUGGGAUAAGCGCAUUCUUAAUUUCUUGCUUCAUUUGCCUUCAUUUACUUCGCAUUCUGUUAUAUACUUUGUUUUCAUAUUUAUUCACAUUCAGGAAUGUCACUGAAUACAGAAAUGCUUAGUUCAUAUGUUUAUACUGGCAGGGUACACACACAACACAUAUGGUACAACGACGGCCUUCACAAAGAAUGGAAGAUGCAAACAAAAGACUUCCAACUUCAAGUAAAAUUGUCGCCAUUUCCCAAACACCACAUGUGGAACAACGACGACAUUCACAAAUAAUGGAAGAUGCAAAUGCAAGACGUCCAAGUUCAAGUGAAAUUUUCACCAUUUCCAACAGGUUGGAGCUGCCGUCACAGGAGCUCACGCAAUCUCUACCAAAGUGCUUGGCCACGGCUGGAAGACUUUCUUUGGUUGGCUGUGAUCCCAUUGCUUUCAAGCCGAGCGGCGCACAGGCCGCAAAGGAGUCCGACGCGGCCGGCAUCGACAGAUGCUGGUGGGUGGCGGGGCUGGCCUUUUUCAUGACCACCAUGGAGUCGUCGUCCAGCCGCUGCUCCGGAUUCCUCAUGGUCGGAAUCAUGGAGCAUAUGAACGUCGAACGCGGCCUCGCCUCUUGGCCUGUCAGUCUCAUCGGCUCUCUUAUCGAUUGCGGAGGCCUACUCUCUGGUCCUCUCAGUGAACUCUUCACCACAGUUCCCGUGCUGGUUGGGGGAUCUGUUCUGGCAGCAGCUGGCGUCAUAGCAUCUUCAUUUGCCCCGGAUAUCACAUGGCUCAGCGUCACGCUAGGCGCAAUGCAUGGGUUCUUCAGGGAUGGCCUUGGUUCUUACAACGAGAUGUUCUGGGUCCUUGGAAGCUUCAGCUUUUUCGUGAGCGUUCAGUGGGCGCUCGUGUCUUUGAUCGAUAGAAAGAGAGCUCGCAGGUGGAAGCCAGACAUUGCGCACAAGGGCUCGGGGCAGAAAUCGUGACCAGCUAUAGCAAUAUAUGUUAAUAAAUUUUAGGAAAUAUGAAUUAGUGCCGAGUUUUCAUGGCAAGACUACAAAUACUUUUGAUGCUUUUACUCUAAAU